CAGCCAUUAUGCUCUCAAGGCUGCAGGAACAUUAAACAGUUCUUUCCCACUUCUGCUUUUUGCUGCCUUUCCAUGCAUUCCUGUCCUGUUUAGAGCUGGGCCUUUUUACUUUUUAUAUGUAGUGUGCAUGAUUCUCAGGGUAUUCAAAAAAACAUGCUGAAGAUUGACUGUAAGGCAUGGCUAUUUUUGUUAGAAGGUGAUACUUUAGACUGAGCUUGAAGUGUUGCCUCUGGAAGGCCUUAGGUUGCUCUGGGAGAGCGUGAGACUGGUGAGGAAACGGAAAGUUUGAGGGCCACAAAAGAAGACGAAGCAGAAUUAGGAAAAGCAGAGGACCUCCCUCCUCAUUCUGCAGCUCCUGGGAGAGCCAGACACCCAGAAGUAUUAUCUAAGCUGCCACAGUAGAUCUUGACCUUUUGACAGAGUAUCUCUUACCAUCAUCAUCAUGGCCGAGGUUACAACAGAAGGACAUAUGUCUACAACUACGACAAUAAUAGAUGGUAAGAACGGAUCCGUUCCCUCAUCAUCCAUGAAAGUGGGCAAGAAAUCACUUACAGAAGACCUUGUGACAACGUUCAGCUCACCAGCAGCAUGGAUACUGGUUGUUGCUCUGAUUGUUACCUGGUCAGCAGUAGCUAUUGUAGUGUUUGACUUGGUGGAUUACAAAAACCUUGCAGCCACCUAUUCACAACAUUGUGAUGAUCCCUGUUUACCACCUGGAAGGUCUGUUAACAAGCUCAGCACAGAACCCCUGAGAAUCAUUCAUGAAACACUGGAAGAAACCACUGAUUGGCUUUAUGGCUUUCUUUCUUUUCUGUCUGACAUCAUAUGGAGUGACGAUGAUGACAGUGAUGAAGGUGAAGUGGACUCUUCCCUGACAAAAGAAAUUCAUAAAGAGAAACCGGAUAAACAUGAAAAACGAGCACCGUCAAAGGUAAUCCAAAAAGACAAACCUGAAAAACAUGACAAAACUGAAAAGAAGCCUUCUCCCAAAGAGGAGAAGAAAGUAAAGAGCACGAAAGUGGAAGCAAAAGCUAAAAAGGAAGUGAAGGAUGGAAAAGAAGAAGCAAAGACUGAGAAGGCCAAGCAAGCAGAGACUAAAACAACAGAAGUUGGGCUAAUAAAGGCCAAAACGAAAGUUAAGGAGGAGAAAGCUCUUCAGACUAUAACUAAAUCGGAAAAGAAAGAUCAAUAUGCAUUCUGUCGCUAUGUGAUUGACAUGUUUGCGCAAGGGGAUUUUUAUCCAGGACAUAAGGAUUUUGUGCCACCUCGUCUCCUUCUUGAACAUAGUCAAGGAAAGAAACCAGGAGCUAUUGAAGAUGGAAAAGGGAAGAAAAAGACUGAUGUAAAGAGGACCAAGACUGAAACUAAGACAAAAGGAAACGAAGUGAAAAAGGAGAAAGUUCAUGAGAAGACAGCUGUCCCUGAAGUUAAAAAGUCAGAUAAAAAAGAAGCUGCUGUGUCCAAAGAACUCAAAAACCCAGCAAAACCUCCUACAGCCAAAUCAGACACCAAAAGAGCAGCAGCACCAGAGCCACACAAGAAAGAAAAAAAUAUGGAAACUGGUGAAUAUUCUCCCUUAUUUACCUUACUUUUCAACCUUCCAUCUUUGGAAGCUCCGAAGUCAAAAGGUGGGUCAUUUUGUUUGUUUUUACAACUGAAAGGGAAAAAUCCUUCUGUUAACUUGACCGUUAAAGAAAAAGCUUCUUGUGACAAAACUGAAUAG